AUUAGGGCUCUUCAUGUCCCUAAAAUUAGGGCUCUUGGAUGGAGCUCGGGAUACUUCCGGCUGUCGGGCUAAUCUUGCUGCUUCCGCUCGUCUUCUUCUACCUGUCGUCAAGAAUAGCGAAAUCGCGAUCGAAUAGCGCAAAUCUGGGCAAUGCAGAUGGAUUAAAGGGACGCAAGUCUUACACGCUCGCCGAAGUGAGCAAGCACAAAUCCAGGGACGAUUGCUGGAUCAUUGUCAAGAACAAGGUUUACGAUGUGACUUCGUACGUGGAGGAGCAUCCGGGAGGCGAUAGCAUUCUAAACAACGCUGGUGGUGAUUCCACCGAAGGAUUUUUCGGACCGCAACAUGUAACGAGAGUUUUCCAGAUGAUCGAUGAUUUUUGCAUUGGCGAACUUGAAUCGUCAUAGAAGAAAUCUUACGAUGUAGUUUUUCUUUUUCAUGCUAGUCCACAGGUUCGAACACCAGACUGGAAAGAGGAUAUCCUUUGGGUGUGAAGGGGAUAUUCUUUGGUGUAGUGUGAUCUCCAUAUUCGAACACGAGACUGGCGGCCAAAGAGGAUAUUCGUUGGGUGAUCAUACAGGCAACUGGAAUGUGGAAGCGGUGAUUGUGUGACGCACGCUCCUCCUCGAAAUUUCAGCGCGCUAGGGUGUAAUGAUGCGCUGCGCUGUGCCGAUCCUCUAGAAAUCUGGCCGGAUUUCGGCGCCGAUCGCUCGAGGUUUGCUCGAAAUCCAUCCUGUUUCCUGCGGCAUUCUUCUUGAUUUGUGGGAAUUCUCGGCGUGCUCGUUGAUUCAAGGCGAUCGCCAUGGGAAUCUGCCACAUUCCCGAGAAAUCGAGGCAGCUCCUGGAUUUCCUUCGCAAGAACCGGAUAUUUCUCGCGAUCGGCGUCAUCGGCUUGGUCUUUUGCAUCGCGCUCUUCACCCGCCCGUGGGAUGCGAGCGCGCAUCGCCAGGAUCGAGUGAGCCACGCCUUUAGCUUCAACCAUGGCGCCGAUCGAGGUAAAGUGCCGCUCCAAAAUUCUCUCGCGGAUCGUCCACCGAUGAUAAAGACAAGGCGUUUGUUGCUGGCCAUGGAUGGCGACAGCGAUGCUCAUCCCGACUGGGUAUGAGUUCUUCGCAGCGCUGUGUAUAGAGCUUGGUUUACGAGAGAUUGCUCUCCAAGUCAUUCAUGUGAGUGGUCCCUUUGGUUUUCUAGCUUUCUCUUGUUAUAUCAAAACCAGUUUGAUGUUUCGAAGUC